GACCAGGCAGGAUGCGUCCUGUGCUCCUCAUCAUGCUGGGCUGCAGCCUGGUCUCAGGCGGGCCGGCGGGCGAGGCGGACUUCGUUUCUCAGCCGCAGGACGCUCACGUGCAGCCGGGGGAGUCGGUCCAGCUGGACUGCGAGCUGGUGGAGGCCGACGCCGACGAUAUCUGCGCCUGGCGCCUCGCCGGCACCCACCUGGGCGUCGAUCACUUCUACAACGUGUUCCCGCCGCCCAAGGUGCGCGCCCUGUUCCCGGAGCACGAGCGGGUCUGCACGCUCAUCAUUGAGGACGUGGACUGGCGCCACGACGGCCUCUGGACGUGCUGGCCGCUGGACGAGCAGGCGCACGUCAGCUCGCGCUCCGCUCGCCUCACCGUGGCAGCCGACCACCUCCGCAGCGCCGACUACAACUCCACCUGCGACCACUACAGCAGCGCCAUCUACAACUCCACCGGCGACCACCACAACGAUGCCAUCUACAACUGCAACGGCGACCACUACAGCAGCACCAUCUACGCUCAGCGCCCACGACGCCGUGGACAACCCCAAGCCCCGGGCCCGGCUUCAGCUGUCCACAACCGACGGGCUAUUCGCGACCCCGAGAACGCCCGCUUCUUCUACUACUGCAAGGACGGCGAGGCUGUGCACAUGCAGUGCGAGUUCCACAGCGCUGGAGCGACAGCCAGAAGAAUUGCGCCCUGA